AGCUUGUAGGACUCAAUUAAAGACGGCACUUUGUUUUUAUAGAUCGUGUUUACUAAUGAGUUUGAACUGAAACUGAUCUGUUUCUCAAUAUAUAAGAAAAUGGAGAUCGGGGAGAAGCUCAAAGAGUUAAACUUGUCAUCAGAGGAAAUGGGAAGAAUUACCAACGCCUUCAAAGACGGUAAAUUUAGGGAGAUGUUGCGUGAAUACAUCCAAGAUAUGUCUGACCCUGAGAACAUGAGAAAAUACGAGGAGGAAAUCCAACAGUGGGAGCAGGAGAGAGGAAACACGGUGGAGUUCAUCCAGCCUUCCCCUUUCAGGGUGAUCAGAAUCAGCAACGCUGCAAAGCAGAAAUGCUUCAUCAACAUCUGCGCCAAUGACAAGAUCCACACACCCCAGGCAAAGAGUGCUGUGUCAGAGGAUGGCCGCAGGGGGCAGUGUUGGAGCCUGCCUCACAGUCUUCAACCAGGGAGGACAGACAGAGACACUAAAGGCAACACAUAUGUGAUCUAUGAUGUUAUUUUCCACCCUGACACGCUGCACAUGGCCUCUAAAAACAAAGCAUUCAUGGAAAUGGUCUACGAUGCUGCUAUUGAUGGAGUCCAACGAGCAUUUAAAGUACAUCUAGACAAAAAUAAGGUGAAGGAAAUGAAGACAAAAUACAAGGGUACCCCUCAGCCAUGUGUCAUCCGAAGACCCAUACCUGGAUUCAAUCCCCAGAACAGUACCCCUGAGGAUCUGGCAUUAACAGACAACAGAGCCACUGAAAACCAGAGCUUCCAGUUCCAAUCACAGAAGAACCAGGAUCCGGUGAAGCCAAACUACACUGUAAAAUAUCGAUCUCUGGUGGAUUUACAGGAUUUCAGAUGUUCUAGAGACUCUGUGCAGAGCCCCAGGCCUAAAGAAAUUCUGAUCACUAUUGACCUGCCACUCCUGACGUCAGUCAGAGACACUAACCUUGAGGUAAAGGAGAAAAGUCUGCUGCUGGAGUCCAAACAACCAGCCUACAAACUGUAUCUCCCUUUAGCUUAUCCUGUGGAUGAAGACCAAGGAGAGGCCAAGUUCAACAAACACACAGGAAAGCUCAGUGUGACCCUGCCGGUCCGUCCACCUGAUGACGCUCUCCGUCAUCAUGAUGGACUCAAGAAAGAUAGCGAGAGUCAAGCAGAGCAAAGUGAGGUUGAAGAGGAACAAACCGAACAAGAGGUUUAUGAGAAGAACAAGGAAGAGGUUAAAUCACAUGAACAGGCGGAAAGGAAUCAGGAAAAAGGACUGGUCAAAAACUGUGAUGAGGAACAGAAAAGUGCAGGAAAUGAUCAGCAAAUAAAGAGAGAACAGCAUGAAACAGAGGAGGAAAAAACAGGAACAGAGCUUCCAAAGCAAGAGAGUUUACAAGUGAGCAAUGAAGUGGAUAAGGAGGAAGCUGGGCCAAAGACAAUACAGGAAACUAAAAGCCAAAGUACUGAGGAAAGAUCAGCUGUGGCUAAAGAUCAGAUAGAAGAUGAACCUGUUAGGAAAACAGGAGUUCAUGCUCCAGAAACUGUAGCUGUCAAAAAAGCAUCGACCUUUACUGAAAAUCAGGAAGUGUUAAUAUCUGACAAACAGACCAUUGACUCAGAAGAUAACAAAGAAGUUAGGCCAAGCACAUGUUUGGAAUCUAAAUCCAAUAUAACAUCUUUUGAUGACCGGGAGGGAACUGGAAAGGAUGAACAAGGUGCUUCUCUUCAGCUACUUCCAUCCUUUGGAGAACCCCAGAUUUCUCCUGAAGUGUCUUUCCCUCCAACUGAGAACAGUGUGGGGGAAGCCUGCCUCUCUGGGAGGUCGGUGGAGUCCAGCCAGGCUUUUAUCACAGCCACAGUGGAAAGAGGAAAGGAAACUGAUGAAGAUGACCCGCCAGCACCUCCAGCUGCCCAGACGUCGGAGAAGAACAACGAUCCACCAGCAGCCGCGAUGCUGAGGGAAAUUGAUGCCGAUGGAAAAGAGACCCUGAUCAGUGAUCACUCCACAUCAUCUGGUUUUAUUUUCCAGAACAAACUAAUGUAUGAACUGGACUGAUGCUCUGUGUUUUACAGGGAAGGAAUUAAUUUGAUGCAGAAUCCUUUUUCUUUUUGCUGUUUAAAUGACUCAAAAUGUUUUUCAAAGUGAAAAUAUGCAUUUGUUUGAUGGGAUUUAUCAGUUUCAUUGCAAAGUUGGUAAAAUAAUAGAUAUCUAAUAAUAGUAUUCAUGACAAAUGGAUAUUUGUCAUGAAUACUAUUAAUAUACCAAGUCAUCGAUAACAAUGACAUUACCAUAAAGGAAGCCAGUUACCAUCACACCUUUUUAACAUGCUUAUUUAUGAAAACUCAGAAACACUUUUAGAGGAUGUUAAAGAUCCUAAACAUCAGAUAUAAUAUAUUAGAGUUCUAAAACCACAUUUCCUUACAACAGAAAGUAAGUUGGUUGCUGAAGUGGAAAAAUGACGACCACAAAUGUAGUUUUUUUCCCCUUUCGUCCUUCAUACAAAAUGAAUCCUUCAUCUUACCCAUCAUAGACGGUUCUAUGCGAGCAAAAUAGAUCACAUAUCAGACCUACAUAAAGUAGUGCAGAAGUGUAGUAAAUAUAAUGGAAAUGUGUAGCAUGUAUUAGUACUAUCAGCCCCUUUACUCAGAUACCCCUCAAUAGAAUCUAGAGCUGCACAUUUCAGCAAGGUUCUCUUUCAGAGGGCGUGGAGCUGAAAGCGGAGGUUCCUAGUACUUAUAGAAGCUGUAAUG